AUGCUCAAAGAGCACGACUAUGCUCCCAAUGUUCCUCCUCUGUCCACAAUACCCAGCUCAACAACUCACACUGACGGAGCCCAUUCAGACACUGACUCUACCGACACAGCGACCAAUUCUGACGACGAAUUCAACUGGGACGAGGACGAAGACCCUUCGACGCCAAAGAGUUAUGAGAAAACAAAGGCGAAACGUGGAAGAGCCAUUUAUCUUGCAUUCAUGAAAUUGGCCAGGCCGGUCCGGGUGUUCCUACUGGGUGCUUUAGGCGCAGGGAUCCUAAUCACACCAUUGAUUGUUGUCCAACUCAGAUUCAAGAGCAACCCGGUUAGACCUCAAGUUCACGUAUGGAGCCUAUGGCUUAGCAUUAUCUGGGCAGCUGGUUGUGUGACCUACCUCGUAGUCGACGCUAUUCCAAGUCUCGUUAUUGCUUUUGUUGUGUUAUUCGGUGGACAGGUAGAACGUCUGAAGAUUCAACUAGAGCUCACUCUCGCCGUCUCUGGCUGGCUUAAACUUGCUCUGGAUAUAUCAUGGGCAUGGAUAUCACUUUCCGUGCUUCGUUCUGUCUACGAACCUUCAGGUCAUUAUUGGGUCAUCGUCAAUCGCGUCAUGCAGGCCCUUUUCUCAUUUGGCAUACUUCUUCUGGCCGAAAAGCUUUGUCUCCAAUUCAUCGCGAUCAACUUCCACCAAAAGGCCUUGGCAGAUCGUCUGUCGGAAAACAGACUCGGACUAAGAGCACUAGAUCGUUUAUCAAAUGCUCAACCUGUUAUUCCUGGAAGGAAAAAGGCGCAUGCAAAGAGGGGGCAUAAAAGUCUAGGCGGUAGCGUCGACUUGAAUCACGCAAUGAAUAACGAGAACGGAUCCCCAGCUAGAGAGAAACAUCAUCGUAAUUCCCGAUCAGCGGAGCGGAAGAGACGGAGAAAGGCUAUGGCUAGUAUCAUCGUCGAUCAGGUUUCUGGUGCUAUUGGCCAAGUCGCUCUCAAAAACAGUAAAUUCAAUCGUGAAAACGAAUUUGGCAGCUUGUCUUCAGCGAGGAGAUUAGCACGAAAACUUUUCAGUGCACUAGGGGACAAAAGAGAUUUCUUAGUCGUCGAAGACUUUGAGCCCUACUUUCGUACCACUGCCGAGGCUCACGAAGCAUUCCAUCUCUUUGACAAGGAUGGUAACGGAGAUAUAUCCAAACGUGAAAUGCGUGAAGCCGUCCAACGAAUCUAUCGUGAACGUAAAGACCUCGUCACUUCCCUUAAAGACGCUGGUUCGGCCGUGGCCAAGCUCGACGCAGUCAUGAUUGGUCUUGUCCUUAUCGUCUUGAUUUUCGUGUGUCUGUUAAUCUUCAACCCGAGUGAUACCAUCGAAAGUCUCGUCCCGAUGGCGACCAUCGUGGUUGGGUUCAGUUUCAUCUUUGGGAAUUCGGCCGCGACGUUGUUCCAAAGUUUACUAUUCAUCUUCUCUACCCAUGUCUUUGAUGUGGGGGAUCUGGUGAUGAUCGAUGACCAGUAUCUGUUCGUGAAAGAAUUUGGGCUGUUCUCCACGGUCUUCCGCCGUGUGGACGGGCAAGAAAUCAUUGCUCCUAAUUCUCUGCUCGCUAGUUCGAAGUUGGUGCACAAUAUUAGGCGAAGUGGUUCAAUGGCCGAAACGACUGAACUCGAGGUAGCGUACGAUACCCCUCUCGAAGUGAUCGAAGAGCUGCGGACACGCAUAAUUCAAUAUGCAAACGACAACAACAGGGAGUGGGCUAGUGCGGCCUUGAAUAUCGACAAAAUGGAGUACAUGAAUGCGAUUUAUCUGACUGUUGCCGUGGAACACAGACCGAAUUGGCAAGAUUGGGGUGGGAGAUGGACACGGCGAAAUGCGUUUAUGAAGUUCCUCAAAGGAGUGCUAGAGGAACUUGACGUCAAAUAUAUGAUGCCCACUCAACCAGUGUUAUUGCCUUCCUAUGCUCAAGCAACAAAUAACCCGACUCCCUUCAACAACAGUUCGACUGCGGUAAACCGCCAACCCAGCUCGCCUUCUAGGAUGAGGAUGCCCCAGCCGCGAACCAGAACAGAGAGUGUGAGGAGCGGGAGGAGUGCAAGAUCGAUGCAAGAGCAGCAAGAGAUGAUGGGUAACGCCGGAACAUUCAGUGGGAACAGAGGUUUUUUGCGGGCGCCGGGGCAGGGAACACUGAGGAGCGACUUGGAUAGUACAUUUUAA